CAUGGCUGCGAAAACUAAAAGCGUAGGCCUAGGUACAAUUUCAAAAGAGGAACAAAAUAUAUCUUAUCUAAAAGAUAUCAUCCGGACGUAUGGAACAAGGCUGUAAGUUGUCACUCAAUUGUGCACCAAACUGUUGCAAUGUUGUGGCAUAUAUGGCAGGAGAUCGAGUUUUCUUCCGUGAUUUCUACUGUCAUAUUGACAUUGGCUGUGUUCAUUAUUGUUUAUUAUUGGAUACGUGAGUACAAAAGACUUAGAGCUUUUUCUAACAUUCCCCCGGGUCCUAAGCCAUGGCCUUUGGUCGGCAAUUUUGGAGGUUUCCUUGUUCCAUCUUUCAUUUCAAGACGAUUUGGUCGAAAUCGGGAGGAAUAUGUGAAAAGGGCAUCCAAUCCUGUUUCGCCCCAAGUUGCUCUGAUGGAACUUUCAAAAAUCUAUGGCAACAUAUUCAGUAUAUUUGUUGGCAGCCAACUGAUGGUUUUGCUGACUGGCUAUGAAGUAGUCCGAGAUGCUCUCUCCAACCAUGCAGAGGUGUUCUCCGACAGACCAGAUGUUCCAGUCAUCACCAUCAUGACCAAGAGAAAAGGAAUUGUUUUUGCACCGUAUGGCCCGGUGUGGAGAAAGCAACGCAAGUUUUGCCACAGCACUCUACGUGGCUUUGGCCUGGGGAGGCUCAGCUUGGAGCCAUGCAUAAUGGAAGGUCUGGCUAUCGUUAAAAGUGAACUAUUGAGGCUCAGCAGUGAGUCUGGAGAGAUGGGUGUGGACCUCACUCCACUCAUGAGCAACGCCGUGUCCAACGUCAUUUCCUCCAUCAGCCUGGGACAGCGUUUCCACCACCAGGACCAGGAGUUUAGAACUCUGCUGGAUCUUAUGGCGCGGGGCCUGGAGAUCAGCGUCAACAGUCCUGCAGUGCUCAUCAACAUCUUCCCCUGGCUCUACCACCUGCCCUGCGGCGUGUUCAAGGAGCUGCGGCAGGUCGAGGGCGACAUCACUGCGUUUCUUAAAAGGAUCAUCGCCAGACACAGGGACACGCUAGAUCCAGACAACCCAAGGGACCUCAUAGACAUGUACCUGGUGGAGAUGCAGGCCCAGCAAGCUGCAGCAGACCCCACGGAGAACACCUUCUCAGAGGACUACCUUUUUUACAUCAUAGGUGACCUCUUCAUCGCAGGAACAGACACCACCACCAAUUCCAUGCUGUGGACUCUGCUGUACAUGUGUUUGUAUCCUGACAUCCAAGAGAAAGUUCAGGAGGAGAUUGAUGCAGUGAUUGGCCGAGACAGGUGUCCAUCACUGACAGACAAAGGAAGUCUGCCAUUCACAGAGGCAACCAUCAUGGAGGUCCAGCGGAUGACUGUGGUGGUUCCUCUUGCCAUUCCUCACAUGGCCUCACAGACCACAGUGUUCCGGGGUUACACCAUUCCAAAAGGUACGGUGGUCAUCCCAAACCUGUGGUCUGUCCACAGAGAUCCAUCUGUUUGGGACCGUCCUGAUGACUUCAGUCCUUCACGGUUUUUGGAUGAACAGGGAAAACUGAUGAGAAAAGAGUAUUUCAUUCCAUUUGGAAUAGGCCGCAGAGUGUGCAUGGGAGAGCAGCUGGCCAAGAUGGAACUCUUCCUGAUGUUCACCGAUCUGAUGCAGGCCUUCACAUUCAGAUUCCCCAAAGGAAAACCACCUCCACCCAUGCAUGGCCGCUUCGGCCUUACUCUGGCCCCUUGCUCGUACACUGUAUGUGUGACGCCUCGCUAGACACAAUGCUGGCUGAGAGUAUUAGAGGUGAAGUCCACCAUUUUAAUGUGCAGUAUUUGUUCAAUUCAGAAAAUUGCUCUUUUUGGUCCUCUAUCUUUCUGUUUUUGUGUGUGUGUGUUUAAAAAAACACAUGUUCACUCACAGUCCUAACUCUGUAAAAAGGAAACAAGUAGUUCAGACUGAGCAUUACCUAAGUUCUUUUAGGCAUGUCUCUCUACUUGGCGGCCACAUUGCAAAGCACUUUGGGCACUUACUGGCCAUCUAUUUCAGUCAGAACUGCGCCUGUGCAAGGGUUCACAACACCAACCCCACUCCAGCGGCAAGAUCACACCACCUGAUUGGUCCAAUGUAUUUAAAUAAAUCGCCUUUUGGCCGCGGAGGAGGUGGGAUAUGUGAAGACAACUGCCAUAUUGGCUUUAUAACUAACCCCCUGCAUUUGUAGUGCAUUUUGAGAGCUGUGUCUCCUCGUUGGGAAGUCUCGGCAUUACCUUAUUACAGCCAAUCAAUGAGAUUUGCUUUAGUUUAGAGGGAUGGAAGGAAGGGAUUUGCCAAAAUGGCUGAUUCCACCUUUAAAUAUAAACUGUUUGUUUGGCUGACCCUGUCCAGAAGUGUUCAAAGAUAUUGUCCCUGUCCAAUGUAGCCUAAGCUGAAAUGCUCAAGAAGGGACGGGUAAUUCGGUGACCACUGACAUUUCUUUUGGCUGAUCGCCUUUCACUAAAAAUGUGAGCACUUUAAUAAAAUCAGGGAUUUUCAUUGAAAGCUUUAUUUGCUAAUGCUGAAAUGUGUAACUGACAUCUUGCAACUAUUACUUGUAUUGCACAAAAUGUUAUGUGUGAAUGAGUAAACAUAUAACAUACAGUAUCAUUUCAUUUAAUCUGCUGAUAAUACAUUGCUUAUGUAUUGUUUGGGAUUAUGUUGAAUGCCCUGGUUGGCACAUCAAUAAAUAAUUUUUAAGCAAAUAA